AUGAGAAACUUUAGUCUGACAGAAGAAGAAGUCCUGUGUCCUUCACAACAGCAAACAUGGCGACUGCUACCAAAAUCAUCCAGAGGCUCCGAAAUCUUCUGUCGGGGCAUGACCUGCAAGGCAAGCUCCAGCUACGAUAUGGGGAGAUUGGAAAGAGGACUCAGCCACCACCCAAACUGCCAGUGGGCCCGAGCCACAAGUUUGCCAGCAACUACUACUGCAAUAGAGAUGGACGCAGAGAGUCGGUUCCCGCCACUGUCAUCAUGUCUUCUCAGAUGGCUCUCACCGCCGGCAGUCAAGUUGCUGAGGUCUCAAAGCCUUGUGUGACCCCGGGGGCUGUCUACAGGGAGCCAACGCUCUCCACAGACGAGCCGUACCUCUGAGCAGCAGGAUUACCUCCCUCAACACCAAUGACCUAAAUCCUCCCUCCACAUCUGCUUUAUUGGCCUGCCUACUGCCUGUGCCCUGUACAAUAAGAAAUGUGAAUAAAAUGUCUUCUAUUUA